AUUUUAUAUGCCUCCAAAAGCUCCACCUCCAAAAAAAUUGACAAAGAAGGAAUUAAAGGAAAAAGCAGAAUAAGAAAAGAAGGAAAGAGAAGAGCAAGAGAGAAUUCGUAAGGAAGCUGAAGAAAAAUAAAGGCAAGAAGAGGAACGGUUACGAAAAUAGGAAGAAGAAAGAUUGGCUUAAGAAGAAAAGGCAAGACUUUAAGAAGAGGAGAUCGAGAAUGAAGUUUAGAGAAGUGUUUUUAAGGAAAAUCUAGAUAAUGCAAAGAAAGUAAUCUAUCAAUAUAUAUUCCAAAAUUAUAGGUAGCUAGAGCUAAUGAUGACUGGGAUAAAUUUUUGAUAUGCUCAAUCAAACCUGACAUCACAUAGGAGGCUUAAUUGACAACAUUCAUUACUAUGCUUAGAGAAUAAAAGAUAAUUAAUGAGUUAAAGGUUCCAGAAGAACUCCAAAAGUUAUAAUAAGCAGAGAAUAUUGAAAGAGACAUUCAUAGAUUUUUAACAUAACUAAAGGCUGAAAGGAAGCUAUAAUAAAACCAAUAAUAAUUACAAUAACAAUAAUAGCAAUAAAUCUUUCAAAAUGACACUGUGGCUAGAAAUAAAUUAUACAUCACUUAGAUUAGAGAGAUAAUAAUUAAAAAGCUUGAAGAAAUCAAUACUUAAAUGGUAUUAAAUGCCGAACUAUUUAUUGAUGUAAAGCUUUAUAUUUAUAAUCAAAGGAAAAAUUUGCAGAAUUAACUAAAAAGGCAAAUGAAGGCGCAAAAGGAACAUUUAAAUUGGAUGAUAAAACUAAAUAAGAAGUUAUAAAGACUUUCCCACCCACUGAAGACUUUAAGUAUGGUAUCUUCAUUUAUCCAUCCAACAAACCUUCUGGUUAUAGACAUAAACCUAAUGAAUAUCCAGAAUUAUAAUUAGCAGUUGAUGUACCAAGAUCAAUCUCUGUAUUCCUUCAAAAAAUAAUAUGGACAUCCUUUGAUAAUUAUUCUCCUGAUACUUAUAGCAAAUAUAGAAUUGUUGGAGGUGUUUUAGAUAUCGAGUAUUUACAGAUGCUACCUCCACCUAAGAAAGUCAAUACAUGGACAUUGAAGUCCAAUUAUGAAUUGAAGGAAACUGUAAAAAGAUUAGCCUUUGAAUUAAAUGCCACGUUUAAGGUUUCUUAUUAACUUCCUUCUUAUAUUUGGAUUCCAAACAAGGAAAAUUAAAAAGUAUGGAGAGUAGCAUUCUUUGAUCGUGUAAGUGAAUAAUGGAUCACAGAUGGAGUUGAGGAUGCUAAGUUGGAUAAAGGAACCAAUAUUGUGGCAAGUGUUCCUAAAUUAGGUCCUAUUGGAUUAUUGCAAGAGAGAUGUCUGGAUUAUCCGUAUAAGAGCUUUAAAUUAAGAUGUGUUGGCAAUGAAAAAGCUAUUUUAGAUAUCUAAGGAGCAAGAGAUUUAUUCAAAUUUGAAAUUGGUCCAGGAUAUAUUCAAUUAUUGAAGAAAGACCCAGUAUUAUUUAAUUUAUAUGUUAGGAAUUCUAACACUUCGCAUAUAAAAAGUUAUUGGUGGGAGCAUUAUUCUAUGAAUUAUACAGGAGUGGUGUUAAUUUUAUUCCUGUCAACGAGGAUGCCUAAUCUGCUAAUAUAGUUUAAAAGGAUGAGGGUGCAGAAGAAUUAGCAUUGAAUGAUUUAUCUGAAGCAGUUAGAGGAUUCUACAUUGAGUCAAGCAGGUGGAACAAUAGUGAUACAGGUCCAUAAAUAGUAGUGAAGCUUAAAGAAAAUCCAGAAUUUGAUGAGGUUGUUAUUGCAUUUAUCUUAGGAAUUCGCAGAGAAUUAAGAAAAAGAUUGGAAAACCAUAAAGUGGUGGAAUAAUAAAUGUGCUAUCAUUUAAGCCAGAGAUUCACAUUAAAAGUGCAAUUAGGCACUUUUGCAGGAUACUGAAACUCAUUGUAAUUUAGAAGUGUUAUUGAAAAUGCAUUCAUUGACUACUUAAGAGACUUUAGGAAGGAUGAAAGUAAUAAAUAUUAUAAUGAAUUUAGGAUUUGCAUUACGUUAUUUUUGUUGAAACCAUAUAAUAGGUGUUAAGAAUAACUAAAUUAUUGUCGUUUACAGUUAGAGAUUGA